AUGAGCAAGAAGAAGCCCUACAAGUGCUCGGAGUGUGGGAAGAGCUUCAGGCAGAGCAAUCACCUGCUCCGCCACCAGAUGAUCCACACUGGGGAAUGGCCCUACAAGUGUGGGGCAUGUGGGAAGGGCUUCAGCUGCAGCUCCGACCUGACUGUGCACCAGAGGGUCCACACCGGGGAGAGACCCUAUGAGUGUUCUGGGUGUGGGAAGAGGUUUCGGAUAAGCUUCCAUCUCCUUCUGCGUGAGCGCAUUCACACAGAGGAGAGGCCUUUUCGCUGCCCUGACUGCGGAAACGCCCUCAAGCAAAACUCCCACCUCGUCAUCCACCGGUGCACACACACUGGGGAGAGGCCCUAUGAGUGUCCCCAGUGUGGAAUGAGCAUAACCCAGAGAUCUGCCUUGACCAAACACCAACGGAAGCACCAGUAA